ACGAACAUCAUCAUGAAGGUUGCUAUCAUUGCAUUGAUCUGCUGCGCUUAUUCGACUCAGGCCUUCUUUUACAACCGCUGCAAGUCAGACAACGAUUGUAAAGCGUAUCAAUGUUGCGUGCAUGUGAAAGGAUGGGGAGGCGAUGGCAUUAGCUACUGUGAUAACCACCGUGGAAUGUACGAGGCCUGCAAUCUGAGCGGUGACACGAACAUGUCUCGGUGCCCAUGCAAAAAGGGUUUGUCAUGUUCCCGCCCCGACUGGAUGGAUGGUAUCGUGCCAGACAAGCGUGGUCACUGCCUGAUUGCCCCCACCGACAUGUCGGUAGGAUCUGGCGAUGCUGACAUGGAUGAAAUGAGAAUGGUUUUGGAAAAGUACACUUACUAACUAUUGUAU